AAGUUCCUAUUAAGGAAAUGAGUGAGGUUUUGUUUGCAUGCCAUGGCUCACCUAUCCCACAAAGCCUGAAAGUGCUGUAAAAACUGAAAAGUGUGAAAGGGAACCGCAGGUGUAGCCAUGGAAAAGACAGAUGACCAGAACUGCCAGGACAGACAUGAAGAGGACAACCUGAAGAGUUCCCCAUUUGAUUUUGUUAUAAAACAGUUCCAAGGAAAGAAAUGUGCUCCUGAAAAAAGGAAAGAGCAGCCUUCAGCCAUCAAACAGUUCUUCAAAGGCUUUGACUUUGGGAAAUCUGAAGGCAAGGACAGAAGGGAAAUUGAAGAAACAGAAAUAAGCAAUGAUGGAAGUGAUGAUCAGAGUGAAAAGCAAGAUUCCUCUGUAGAAGAUGGACUUUCACAUCUCACUUCUGAAGCAGAGUCACCAUCUGGUGAGCAGAGAUUUAACCAGUUCAUGGAGAAACUGGGGAAGAAACCCAGCAGCAAGAAUCUGGAUCUAAAUAAUUGUGCACUGAGUGCAGCAGAUAUAACAGAGUUGGCUUCUUUACUGCCAUUUCUCCCAGAGCUGGAAGAGCUCAGCCUGGCCUGGAAUGGAGGUGUUGGAGGGACUUUGAAAGCUCUCACUGUCCAUCUUCAGCACGUGAGCCUGUUAAAAGUCCUCCGACUUAACAACUGCAGGCUGACAGCUGAGGAUGUCAUCUCCUUAGGAGAGGCAUUUGAAAUUGUUUCUCAGCUUGAAGAACUGGAUUUAUCAUGGAACAGUAACAUUGGUGGUAAACUAUCACUGCUGACAAAAAAACUUCAGGAAGGAUGCAAAUUAAAAUGUCUGAAAAUGACGGACUGUAACCUGACAGCAAAGGAUGGAGAAUCCCUUGCUGAACUUCUAAAUGUGAUCCCAAACCUUGAAGUAUUAGAUAUCUCUAUCAACAAAAACAUUGGCUGCAGCAUGAAGCUUAUUGCUCAGGAUCUGAGAAAUGUGCCAGGCUUGAAAGAGUUAAACUUGCACAUGUGUGGAUUAAAGCAAGACAGCCUCCAGGGCUUAGACACUGCUUUACAGCACCUUGCAGAGCUAAGGAAAUUAGACAUCUCAUGUAACAGAGAGAUUGGUGGUGGCUUUAAAGCCUCAACAGCUCACUUGGCCAGCUUGAAAAAUCUGGAAGUCCUUGAUCUUCACCAGUGCUGUGUCACAGAAGAGGACAUGACUGUUUUGUCCCAGGUGAUACCUUUACUCUCCAAUCUUCAAGAGCUGAAUUUAUCUUCAAAUAAAAAUGUAGGACUCUCAUCAGAUCCUCUUCUGGGCAGGCUCAGGUUUUUACCAAAGCUGAGAUCUGUGACCAUCAGCAAUUGUGGCUUAGGUGAAGAGUCACUUUCAUCACUAGCUGAGGCUGCCCUUCACCUUCCUGAACUGGAGAUAUUAGACCUUUCUUGGAAUAAGUGCGUUGGUGGGAACCUAAAGCUGCUUUUGGGAGCACUAAAUCUUGCAACGGAGAUUCGAGUGUUAAGACUGAGCAGCUGUAACCUGGUGGCUGAAGAUUUGGCACUUCUAACAUCCCUGAGGCAAGAUGGCCACUUGGCCAGAUUGCAGAAGCUGGAUUUGAGUUAUAACAACACCAUCUCUGAUGAAGGCUGGGCUGUUUUCUGCCAAGGUUUAGGAGCAUUUAAGGAACUCUCAGAGCUGGAUAUGAGCCUCAGUCCAUCGACCUGCCGGGACUGUGGGCCAUGGUUUGGGGAGUUGUUGGCAGCACUGACACAGCUGCCAGCCUUGGCAGAGCUGGCCAUGCAAAGAUGGGCCCUUUCAGAGUCCCAGAGGAAGCAAAUGGAGGACUUUAAUCAAGACAACAAAAGAUACAUUCGUUUUGACUGUUGAUGAAGGUUGGAAGUGUGUGGAAGGCCUUUUGGGAGCAGCACAUGAACCAUUAUGUGUCUGAGAAAACGGCAGUUUUUAAUAAUCUCUUGAAAUAGUUUCACAGCUACAGAAAACUGUUAUUUGACCUUCUGCAA